UCUUAUUUUGAAAGCUGCUGGUGAAGUGCCGUGGUUUACACACAUCCACACGGACUCGGCACCUCAUAAUAACUUUGCAUUUAACCCGUAAUACCCAGAUCCAGAAACACUUGUUUGGAAGAAAUGGCUUUGAAAGAGACCAUCCUUCCCAUAAGCGAGAUGUCCUAUCCCUUCCCAGACGUGGUGGAACUGAACGUUGGUGGACAAGUCUAUGUGACCAAACAUUCCACCCUCACCAGCGUUCCAGACAGUACUUUGUACAGCAUGUUUUCUAGGAACAAUUUAAAAGAUCUACCCAGGGACAACAGAUCCCGUUUCUUCAUUGACCGAGAUGGAUUCCUCUUUAGGUAUGUCUUGGACUUUCUGCGAGACAAGCAGCUCUCCCUGCCCGAUCACUUCCCCGAAAAAGAAAGACUACUAAGGGAGGCUGAGUACUUUCAGCUCAACGAUCUGGUAAAGAUACUCACACCAAAGGUAACCAAGCAAAGCUCCAUGAACGAUGAAGGCUGUCAGAGCGAUAUUGAAGAGAACUCCCAGAGCAGUGACCUGAUCAGGUCUGCAGCACUGGAUAAGAAAUCCGGCUUCAUCACCAUAGGUUACAGAGGCUCGUAUACAAUGGUUAGAGAUAAUCAAGCGGACGCCAAAUUCAGAAGAGUUGCCAGGAUUAUGGUUUGUGGUAGAAUAGCUUUAGCCAAAGAAGUUUUUGGAGAAACUUUGAAUGAAAGCAGAGACCCAGAUCGGCCCCCAGAAAAGUACACCUCUAGAUUCUACCUGAAGUUCACCUAUCUAGAGCAGGCGUUUGACAGGCUCUCGGAAGCUGGAUUCCAUAUGGUAGCUUGUAAUUCGACAGGGACUGCAGCAUUCGUAAAUCAGUACCGGGAUGACAAAAUAUGGAGCAGCUACACUGAGUACAUCUUUUUCAGAUCCCCACAGAAAAUUGUUUCCCCAAAACCAGGAUGUGACGAAGAAAAGCAGAAUAAAAUGUUAGAUAAAGGCAGUGAGAGUGGAACGUCCUGUAAUGAUUUAUCUUCAUCCAGCUGUGAUAGCCAUUCUGAAGCUAGCACUCCUCAAGAAAACACACCUGUACUCCCGCAGUCCACACCCCACCAACCUAACACCCUAACGCUGGAUCGUCCUUUGAAGAAGAACAAAGUGCAAUGGGUACAGCCGCCGGACAAACGUAGGAAUAGUGAACUAUUUCAAACGCUGAUUAGCAAGUCUCGGGAAACUAACCUUUCUAAGAAGAAAGUUUUUGAGAAGCCAAGUGUGGAAGAGGAAAUGAAAAAGUGUAUACAGGAUUUUCAGAAAAUUAAAAUACCAGAUUACUUCCCCGAAAAAAAGCGCCCAUGGCAGAUGGAAUUAUUAGAAAAAUAUAAUGUCUAAGAAUGUUUAUCCUGUGUUUUUGUGUACCAUGACUACUAUGGCUG